ACUGCGGAGCUCAACAUAAAACAAUUAAUAGAAGGAAAGGCGAUAUGUCCCCAAACGUUGGUCCUGAGUCCUCCAGAGCGGUCUGCCCGAUCUGUCAUCUGGAGAUGAUGACACGAACGGAGGGCCAUGCCACGACAAGAACGCACAUCAUAGCCCUGAUCAUGUGCCUGACACUUUUGUGGCCCUGCGCCUGCUGCUUGUAUUGCACGGACUGUGCCCGCAACGUGGACCACUAUUGCUCCUCUUGCAACUCCUUUAUUGGCACCUACGAACGCUAAGCUGUGGAUCAAAUUAUGUACGAUUAUAUAUUUUGAAUAAAGAAA